GCCGCCACUGCCUGGCUGCCACUGGCCGCGCGCGGCACCACCACAGCACACGCGCGGCAGCAGCGAGCGCACUCGCUCGGGUCUCGAGCUCCUCCCCACCCCCGCGUGUCGCCUCGCGGCACGGGCACCGGCGCGCCACCCUCGACGGCCUCACCGCCGCCUGGCCGUGCCCGGCCCGAUGGAUCCCACCGCGGCCGACCAGCCGUGCGUCAUCCAGGCGCUCCGGGCGCACUCCAAUGCCGUCCCGCCGCCGCCACUGGUCCAGGCGCUCCCCGCCCACCAUUCCCCGCCCAAAACCCACCCGCCCCCCGCCGCCGCCGCCUCCUCUCCCGCGGGCGCCAAGCGCCGCCCCAUGCCCACGCCCACGCCCACGCCCACCCCGCCGGGCCCCGCGCCCCCGAGCCCGCGCCGCACCCGCUUGGGCGGCGCGCCGGAGUGGACGCCCGCGGAGACGCUCGCGCUCGUCGCCGAGGUGGCCGCCGUGGACGACGGCUGGUCCCGCUCCGUCUCCACGUUCCAGAAGCGGACCAUGGUCGCCGAGGCCCUCGCCGCCUCCGAGGGGCCAGCGAGGCGGCGGGGGAGCAAGAGGGCGGCGGCAGAGUGCCGCCGCCGGUGGGAGGCGCUGGUAGCCGAGUACGGAACCGUGCGGCGGUGGGAGGUGCGCACGGGAGGGAGGUACUUGGAGAUGGGCGCUGCGGCGCGGAGGAAGGCCGGGCUGCCGGUGGAGUUUGAUGUGGAGGUGUAUGGGGCCAUGGACGCGCUCGUACGGGUCGAGGAGGCGCUGCUCGCGGGCGCUGCUGGCGGUGCCGGUGGCGGUGGCGGGUACGAGGUGGAGGGAUUGGUUGGCGGGGGUGCCAGCGUUCAGGUGGGUGAGCAGGACGGCGGUGACGACCGUGAGGUUGGAGAAGAUGACGUCCAGGAGGAUGAAACGGUGGAGGCGGUGAAAGAGGAGGAGAAGGAGGAGGAGGAAGAAGAUGAUGACGACGACAACAAUGAGGAACAGGAGGAAAUGCAGGUGGAUGAUGGCAAUCCUGAUGCUUCAAAUGACUUGGGCCAUGAGAUGGGAACAAACAGCGAACCUGACAAAGGCCAAAACAAUGCAUGGGACCUGGCCAUCAAGUUACAAGAGAACGCGCAGCAUAUUCACACCAUACUGAACCACGAGACUGAUGAAGACGCUGGCCAAAACCACGCUCAUGCUGGUUUAGUUUCACCCGAUGCCAUGGCGACUACCCGCCAAAAGGCCGACGAGCUCAUCAAAUCGCUCGGCGGGCUUGUCAGCUACCUGAACCAGUUCACUGAGCUGGUCAAGGAAAAUGGGUUCGAGAACUUCGUUGGAAUGACCUGAUGCAUGAGAUGCAGGUUUCCUUUGGGGAGGAUUAGAUCACGUAGCUUAAGAUUUCAGCACUGUAGUUUGUUUCUUUGCGCCCUUCACCUUUGUAAAUAUUGGGGCACUGUUUGACCUUGUAGCCCAGGGGAUUUGUAGCGGAGAUUGUUGGGCGCAUUGGCAUCGCCAUUGCUCACGGCCUCUGGUGAGACCAGAUGCUCACGUCUGUUGCCUUGGGGGGGGGGGGGGGGGGGGGGGGGGGUUGUUCCAUUUCCCCUCCGUCCCGAAUUCCAGAUGGUGAGAGAUCGAUCGCUCGGCCUUGCAUUUGGAGGUAAACAGUAGCUAGCUGUGUAGUAGUCCCAUGAUGUUGCCAGAUCCAUCGCGUUUGCGAUGAAGUGUUGUUUGUGAUAGUGUUAUCAGCCUUCAUCUGAAUAUCAUUGACGUGCUGCAGCUCAA